ACAACGUAUAUUUUCCAUCAAUAAUCUUAAAUUUCCAAUUACAAAUUUUUAUUAUAUAGAUAAUUUAUUAAUAAAAUCACAAAAAAAUAUACAAAAUUGAGUAGAUAAAAAGAAAACUUGAAGAGAAUUAAAAUAAAAAAUUGAAAUUUUUAUAAAAUAUGGGAAGUUCCUGGUCAAAUCAUCAAAAUAUUAUAAAAAAAAAUCAAGAAUAUAUUUCCGAAAUGAAUCGAAUAAAAAUGGAACGCUGGAUACAAAUGCAUUAUCAAAUAAAAGAAAGGGAACACGCCUUAAAAAUAGCAAAAGAUCGUGAAUUAUUUUUUUGGUUAAGCGGUUUCUAUAUAUUAUUUACAAUAAAUGCAUUGGCUAGAUAUAAGCGUACCAAAAGGAGUGGUGUAUUAGGACCAUUAUUACCUUUAACAUUUAUAACAGCUUAUUAUGCUGAUUUAAGUUAUGGUAGCAAAUUACAUAGAAUUCGAGCUGAAGCUGAUAUGAUAUUGCAACAUGAACAAGAGCUAUUAGAAUGGCCAACAGGUAUACCAACAGUAGCUAGUAUUGAUGAAGCUAGGGUUGAAGUUGAAAUGGAACAUAAAAUGCAUCCACAUGCACCUUAAACUGCACAAAAAAAAGUUUUAUUAUUUAGUGAUAUUUCGAAAUGGUUAUAUACAUUAUAAAUAUAUAUAUGUAAUUAUGUUAUACUAUAACAUGACUCAAAAUCGUUGUAAUAAAUGAUUUUUAAGAGGUACUCACUUCACCGCUCAAUUUAUAACUGCUGAAUUGAGUAUAUAAUAUUUCUGCAAUUUUGAACUUAUACAGUAUAAUAAACAUAUAUAUAUAUAUAUAUAAAUAUACGUAUUAUAAGGAUAAUAGUAAGGACAACUAACCGUAACAAAUAUAACAACCGCAUAUAAAUAUUUCUUCUGUUUUAAAAAUGACAUCAAUAUAGAAUAUUAUAUAAAGUAAAAGUAUUAUUUAUAACAUUUAUAUAUUUUUAACAUACUAUGUAACUAUGUAAAUGUUAUAAACUAACAGUAUUAUUAGUAAAAGUAUUUAUUUAUGUACGUGUAUUAUGUAACAUAAAUAAUAUACUCUUGCAUGUAAGAGUACUAAGCUGUAAUCGAUAAUAGUCGAAUGAUAUAUUUCCAACUGCAGAGUAUUGUAAGCUCUACAUUUAAUUCGUAGAACAAGCUUUAAAUACUAUGUUGUUUGCAAUUGUAACUGAAAUUAUCGAUCUAUACUAAUGAUAUAAGUACAUGCUAAAAAAACGUAGCUUUAUAUAGCUAAAAAUAGCUUUGCAUAGAUUGUAUUCUGGCAAUGGAACUGCAGUAAAACCGUAUUGUGACUGCUACAUAAAUGUGUUCAUAAGUGGAAGGGUUCGAAAAAUAAUCAGUGUAAAGGUAUACCGAGAUAGUAUUUUGAGUACUCCAAGAGUGUAUAAUUUUCUUACAAUAACUGAUUUUUAAACAGAAAAUCAGUCAACUAACAUUGAUUGAAUUUUUAAGUCCCCCAAGCGUUAACUGCUGAACGUUUUUUAGCUGUACUUAUAUUUAUUAUUGUAAAUUUUGAUCGAGAGAAUAAUAUAUUUAAACUAAAAAUAAAAAAUAUAUGUAAUAGAUUUUAUAUUUUAUAAUAAAAAUCUAAUAAAAAUUAAAUGCUAAAUUUUGGAAAUUUGUAUAAAUGUAUGAAAACGACAUUACACUUUUUAAUUAAUAUUCAAGAAACGUUCAAGAAAUUAUGAAUUCUACAAAAAUAUAAUUAUUCCGUAAAUAUAAUAAUAAAUAAAAGCUUUACAAAUAUUUUAAAAUUAUAGUAAAUAAAUAGCAAAUUUUAUUAUAAAAUUUAUUUAAGUAGGCCAUUUCCCAUUGUAUAAAUGUAUUUUAAUAAAAAUUUUUAUAUGAAAACUAUGGACAGCCGAAUACGUUUAUGUGCACAUUCUUUUGGGCAGAAUUUCGGUACAUAUGUUGCCGCAUUAUGCAGUUAUUCUUUUCCUAUUUAUGAUUAGAAAAAUCACAUGUUUCUGUUGCAAAUAAGCGUGUUCGACUGUAAAUAUAUGGUUUCUUAUAGUUUUUGUAAUUUUUCAAAAACAAUCUUACUUCUUACAAGAAGUUUACAAAAAAUUCUUAUUCUUACAAUAAGUAAGUACUUAUAGGUAUUUUCUUCUUUCAUAUAUUUAGAUAGAACCAAAUUAACAUUCGACAUAUAAAACUAAAAUUAUUAUAUAAUCACAUUUCUAGAAUUAUUUUUUUCUAGUUUUGAUGGUUAAAGUAUUUCAAUUAAAGAUACAAUAAAAUUUUAUGGAAGAAUAAUAUAGAAAUAUAUUUUUUUUAUUUGAAUUUUCAUUUACUCCUAAAGGAUUUUAUUCUCUGUAUUUUUGCUUUAUUUAAUUCAUACGGAAAUGAAAAAGAACAUCACGUACCCUGGCUUCCACAUUGUAAAAAAAAAACAGCUUUUAAACCACUAUGUAAUGUUCAAGUAGAAAAGUGUACAAUACGAAUGUUUAGUGGAAAGCCAUAGCUUUUAAUCGAUACUUUUAAAAUUUUCAAUUAGUUUGAAAGUGACUAAGCAAAAAAUGAGUAAUUGCAGAAUGAAACCUUUAAUUUUUUUGAUAAUUAAAUGAAACGUUUAAUUAAAUUAUAUUGAAAUUUUAGAAAAUUUAUAAAUUUAAGGGUUUCCAUUCACAUGUCAAUAAAUCAUAUAAUUAGAAAUUUGAAUAUUAAAAACUUUAUUGCUUAUAUAAUUCAAAAAAUAUUUUAAGAAAUAUUGGAACUAUUUUAAGAGUGUUAAUGGAAAUAAAAAAGUUUUUCCUUCGUUAUUUACUGUACAAAUAAAAUUCUUAAUUCUUUUCUAUAUCUAAAUGUGUUUAUCUUGUAUCUGUAACUAAAUUACAAAUGUAUAUGCAUAUAUUGUCGUUGCAUUAAUAGAGUUAGGCGAAUUGUAUAUUAAAUAUUUAGGUAAAUAUUUUAUGGAAUAACAAUUUUUGCUAUAUAAGUAUUCAUUGUUAUUAUUUAAAUUUGAUAAUCUGAAGAUAUCUGGAUAACCAGAAUGGCUUAUGAUAAUUUUAAACAAAUUUUUAAUAAUCUUUUUCGCCUUUUUAAUCAUUAGCGAUCGGCAACAAAUACCGCGCGACUUCAAACAGUUCUGUUCUCUUUACGAUACAGAACAUUAAAAUUUUUUAUGCCCGUACGUACGUAUGGCACAUUUACUCGCACAUAGGAUAAAAGAGUCGUAUGGGUAUCACAGAGUUGACACGGUCAACUCUAUUUUCUCUCGUUUUUUUUUUGCUGUUGCAACGACAAUAUUUACAAAAUUUUAGUAAUACUACAGGAUUAGUAUCACAAUUCAGCUUAUCCGUUAUAAAUAGGUUAGUUGUAUAUAGCAAUAUUCUCAAUAUAUAUACAAAUUAAAGUCUCAAUUUUAAAAAUUGCAAUAAUACUGUAUUGCUAUACAAUUCAGAAGUUCAUUACAAUGCAUAAGCUGUUUUGUAUACAAUCACUAUAUUAUUAUUAUAAUUAUUGCAAUUUAGAAGUCAUUUAAAUUCAUUUGAUUAAAUUAGAAAUACAUACAAACUUAAUAAAUAUAUUUAAAUAGUUAACACAAUAAAUAAAUUUUAAGAAAAAAAUAAAAAUUGAACAUAUUCUUAUGUGUAAAAUUAUUAUAAAAAUAUUAAAGAAGCACAAGAAUAACACACAACAAUAAUUAAAUUUUAAGUAUUAUAUAAAAACAGAAAUUUGUUAUAAAAAAAAUAAAAAAUUGUUAUAAAAAAAAAAAAUUCGAAUUAAUUACAAAUUAUAAAUUAAUAAUUUUUACUAAUUAAUUGUUUAAUAUUCAAUAAAUA